UACAAGCAAGCCAAAUAACCCUAAAUUAGUCCGAUCGCCGUCCGUCAAUGGAAAUCGGUGGCUGCAUCGAACUUGCUUAUUGUCGGUCGCACUGUCGCCUUCUCUUCGAAAGCACUGCAUCCGCAUGCUUCUAUCCAUGGGUUGUUGGUUGUCAACCUGUAGUACGUAGUAGAUCCCCCCAAGCUAAAAAGGCAGACGAUGGCGUUCCGUGGAAGAGCUUUACAGACAUGUUGGCAUCUUGUUGAUGCCUCGGAUCAAACGGUGGGGCGGUUGGCAAACCAAAUAGCACCCAUCUUGAAGGGCAAACAUAAACCCACCUUUCUUCCCAACAAGGACAUGGGCGAUGUAGUGGUGAUUGUCAAUGCGGAAAAGGUCACUUUUUCAGGCAAUAAAUGGGAUGACAAGCUCUUCAAAUGGCAUACUGGAUAUCCAGGUGGCCUCAAAUCAAGACCGGCCAAAGCCAUGCUCGAACGCAAUCCAACCAAGAUCUUGCGAAAAGCCAUCUUGGGAAUGCUCUACCGCAACAAUCUACGGCAAAGCUAUAUGGAACCCCGUCUCAAGAUUUACGCUGGACCCACGCAUCCCCACACGGCACAGCUUCCUGACGGAACGGAUGUAUUACCAAAGCACCCUCGAAAGAGAUCUGGAAAAUAUCACUUUGGUUUGACCGCCUAUGCAACCGCAGGUUCCUUCCAGGCAGGUCUGAUGAAACCUCAGCCUUCUAUGGGCAAAAACGUGAGGGUCGUGGAAGAAAUCAUUGAUACAGACGAAGAAGUAUUCAUGGAAGAAGAUUUCGAAGAGCUAGAAGAUAUGGAAACUGUGGACGUGGUACCGGAUGGAGAAAAACUAUCUGAGGACAAGAAAGAAACAAAGUAACCUUUGAAAGUAGAAGCCAUAGAGAUUUGUUAAGCUGCACUUGUCCUAAUCGUCCUUUGUCAGCUCUUUC